AUGUUAUUGCUGGUGUUUCGUUUGCGGGAAGAACAACCUUUGGUAACCGUGGUGGAGACAGCACAUUUACCCAUUUAUGCAAUACGAUUUCCCGCCCUGGCCGUGUGCCCCUUCAAUCACAUCAAUUGGAUCCGUUAUCAUGCUGCCGAAAGGAAAUAUCUUCCCAGAAAUGCUACGAAAGAAAUGCGUGAGGCAUUCUAUCAUCUACUGGUGGCCAUGGAACAUGUGGCUUUUGAUUAUUUAACCCCGAUUGGGAAGCUGUUAAAACGUGGCCCCCUACCACCGGUUAUAAGUGAUAUUCCUCUAUAUGAUUUGUCAUUGUAUAUGGCUUUUCGUUGCAAUGAAGUAUUUGUUUGGUGUGAAUUCGACACAACCAAAUAUGAUUGUUGUAAGCUUUUUAUUCGAGAACGUACCGAUAUGGGGGUAUGUUUAGUGUUCAAUUCGUUGGUUUCGGAGGAGUCGAAGGUGAAAAAGAUAGCUGAUCCCUCAUAUCCUUGGAGGGUAAGGGAUUCCGGUGAAACGUCCGGUUUAACAUUUAUGCUUAGACAAAAUGCAAGUUAUGUUAGGCCGAAUAGUACGGCUCCAUUUCGAUUCAGUCUUUUGAUCAAACAAUCUGAAGAAUGGACACAACAGCUGUAUCAUCAUUUCUAUCCCAAUACCAAUGCUGAUGUCAUGAUAACACCGAUACUAACCGAAACUGCAUCGGAGGCUCGACUUAUUGAUCCAGAAAAACAAUGA